AUGAAAACUCCGGGUUCAUCAUCACCAGUGUUGGCGAAAGCGUUUGCAAAAGACGAGAAAGUGCCCCUCUCGAUGGAGGUGCCGACGUAUGAGAACAGUAAAUCUGAGACCGAGUCGAAACAAUCGACUGGUAGCAGCGAUUGCGGGGAUACGGAUACUGAGAGCAGCGGAGGGCGAGAAAGUGAGGAUAAUCAAGUAACUAUCGCUGGUGGACGCGGGGGUGAGGACGCUGACACAAAAAGUGACGGAGAGUACCAAAGUGGCAACGCAUGUAGCGACGAGGAUGAUACCUUGAAAGCGCAGGCACCACCAAUCGAGGUAUCAGACACCAAGCUGGACCGCCGCACGGUAGAUCCUGAUAUUUCCAGACUCCCAGAACACAACCAGGAUCUGUCUCUGAGCUCCAUCGCGAACCAAGUCGUGCCAUUGUGGAUCAAUCGCAAGAAACAACACAAGUCGCUCUUCUUCUUCAUCGUCAAAUACUACAAAAAUUUCCACCAAGUCGUUGCUUAUCUGGUUUUAACGCGCGCGCUCAAAAGUCGAUUGAAGGACUAUUUUUGCAUCUGGGUUGCCAACAUUAUCGGCCGCGAUGCUGCAAAUACUCAAAUUCUUGUUGAUGACGAUUAUCAACGGAAAAAGCGACAGAAAUCCUGUUACGACAUAGCUUUGUUGCUGAUGGUGUGCGAUUGUAUUUACAUGGAAAAAACUGGAGAAGCUCAAGGAACUUUACAACGACAAAAGUUUGGCGUGGCUACAAGACGUUCCUCUCACGCCGUAUGA